AUUUUAUCAUAGAUUGUGAAGCCCUGGGUCACAUGACAUGAAAACAUUUUUUUUUAUUGGCAUAAUAGGCUAUUUAUGAAUAGGGCUAAAUAUUAUCAAUUAAGUAAAAGCACUAAUAUUUCCAAAAUUAUGUGCCUUUUUAGCUUCAACGUCCUGUGACCCAGUGGCUAACAGUCAUUCUGAAGUGUUAGACAUGUGAGUAAUACAAUGUGGUCACGCCAUCUACUCACGAGUCUGAUACGAAGACUGGAAAUUCUUCCUAACUUUUAUUUCAUUUUUCGAUCAGUAAAAUUUAAAUAACGAACGUUAUAUAAUAUUCUAUUCUUUCCAAUUACGAUCUGCAUCAUACUGUUCAUGCAUUUGUUUUUACAUCUCCAGCCAAUAAAUGCUUCGCUAUUAUUUGCCCAUAUUGCAGCUAUAAUGGGAAUCGGAAUCUAGUAGUCUAAACAGUAGGAUAUAUGCCCCACGCCAACUACACUUUUUUUGCAGUAAUACAAGGUUUUAAUCCUUUUAAUGAUCAAACUGCGCCAACAGACACGGAGUAUUAUUUAUUAACAGAUGAUUAUACGCUACAGUAUACUGUAUACAGUAUUGACCUAGUGCAUGGAAAUCUUUAUGCACUAGGUCAACAUUUAUCGAUAUGGUCCUAUUAGAUCUCUGUGUAGUCGGCCACAGGACAGUCAAUACGCAGCUUGAUGACCGGAAAAUAAAUCUGCUCAUCAAAAGCAAACCUCGUCACAUCAUGAGAGAGCAUCGGGGCGCGCUUUACCUAAGGGUGGAGUAUAGAGCAAAAAUAGCUCCGGGUUGCUGUCGAAUCGACCGUUUCAUUUGCGCAGCUGCAUAUCCCAGUUUUGUAAAACUGACUGAGCUGUAGCAUCAACACAAGAGUACCAGCUCCUUUACCGCAUCCUCACCGACACUGGCUCUGUCCCACGGCAGCUGCUGCGGAUCUGGAUCCCUGAGCAAAGCAGCGACGCGAGGAGAAUGAGAUUGGAGGGGACGCACAAAGACGCAAUGGUAGAGGGAUAGAGGGUGAGUCUAGUCGUGGAGACAAGGGAAGGAAGGCAAGGGAGAAAAGGGGGAGUUGCAGCAGCCAUCGCCGUCCUCAGAGCUGCGCAGCGGUCGUGGAGGUUGGUCAUGGUCGGACGGGGACUAUGUACCGGGGUAUGUAAACCCCGGUUUGGGAAGCGGGGGAGCCGGCCUGGGCUUUUGCCAUUUCUUUGCGCGGCGAUGGCGUGCGCAGCGCUGUUGGCUCUGCUCUUUGUGGACCUCAUCGAGUCAUGGGUCACCUCGAUGAGCAUGAACACGGUGGUGGAGCCGCACGCCGGCAUCAUCCCCCCACAGAGCGUCCCUCCCACCAGACCCGAGGAGUUCCUGCUCAUGCCCAGCCCGCUCGUGUGCCAGCGUGCCAAGCCUUACCUCAUCACCAUGGUUACCACGGCUCCUGCCAAUCAGAGGGCCCGCCAAGCCAUCAGGGACACCUGGGGAGGGGAAGUGGAGGUGAGGGGCCUGCGGGUCAUGACCCUCUUCAUGGUGGGUGUGACGUCUGACCUGGGAUUGGCCAAGCUGCUGAUAGAAGAGGCCCGGGAGCGAGGAGAUCUGAUUCAAGGGCGUUUUUUGGACACCUACUCCAACCUCACCCUGAAGACCCUGUCCAUGCUGGGCUGGGCCCGUCGGUUCUGCCCUCAUGCUCACUUCAUGGCCAAAGUAGAUGAUGAUGUCCUGUUCAAUCCCAGUGCCCUCCUGCACUUUCUGAACAAGAGCCGUAACCCCUAUGAACAAGGAGACUUGUACCUUGGUAGGGUGCAUCUACAUGUGGCUCCGGACCGUGACCCGGAUAGUAAGCACUACCUCCCUGCAGGGGCCUACCCUCCCUCUGUCUUUCCAGACUAUUGCAGUGGUACGGCCUAUGUUCUGUCCCGCUCUGCACUGCUCAAAAUUUCCCUGGCAGCCUCUGCUUCACCUUUAUCCACACCUCUGCCCCCAGAGGAUGUGUUUGUAGGUCUUUGUGCUCGGGCAGCUGGGGUGCUGCCCUCGCACUGUCCUCUCUUCUCUGGUGGUCCAGGUGUUCCCUAUGGGCGCUGCUGCUAUCAGGCCAUGGUGUCCAUCCACCACAUCACUCCCAGGGAGAUGCUGCACUUCUGGGCUGACGUUCAUUCAUCUCCUCCCUGCUCAUGGCUGAGUCUGCGUGCUUCUCUGGGGAUGUGCAAAGUCAGGGCGAUGCUUGGGUCAGCUCUGGGGCUGGAACAGGGGUUGUGAGGGUUGCUGAAAACUGGAAUCAGCGAGGCUGUGCCUCGCUUCAAUACUGUGAACAGCACAAGUGCUCUUCAGAUUGUGAAGCUACACUGUGUGCACUGAAAAAAUGUCAGUUUAUUUUUAUAGCUUUAUUUUUUUAAACACUAUAAUGCAUUUUACUGGCUUUUUUUGCAGAAAAGGGGACGAGCAGCUGGUAGUUUGAAGAACUGUCACAGUAAUCUUUAGCCUAUCUUUAGACUGUUACAGCAUCCUGCAUUAUUACACUGACACUUACUGUAGAUGUAGAACAAACAACACAGGCAUGCUGAUAGUAUAUGGCGAGGAAUUACAGUCGCUUAUUUGAUGAAUGCACAUCGGAACAAGUACUUCUAUUAAUACAUUACGUCCGACAUCUAUAAGCUGCUACUGUUAUAUAUGUAGUAUAUCACCAGGUACUUAAAUUGUAGAUGUUAGUUUAAGAUGCUUAAAUGCAUGUAUCCAAAAAACAAUAAAAUAGAUAGCAAAUCACGAGCUGCAUAUACCCGGUAGGAAGGAAGUAAUAAUUAAUCAAUACUUGUUGUGUUUAAAAAUAAUCACCUCGGUACAUGAAAGGAAUUCAUGUUGUUAUUCAAUAUUAAAGACAUGAUUAUAUGUGCAAUGACAGGGCAUGAAUUGUUCUGUUGGAGACAGUGAGAUGUAUUUGACCUGCUGUGAGAGCAGACAGCAGGUGAAGUUCUUUCUUUGACAGCUCAGUAAAUCUGCUGCCUCAGAUCACUGAAAAUAUAACUGUGAAGGUGAUGUGAUACACAGUGCCACUGAACAGUAGUAUUUCUAACCUUUGUCUGUAAACAUUAAGUUGAGUGUGAAUGGCUGUUUUGCGCUGAUGUAUCUGGACUGGGUUUAGUCUCUGCUCAACCAAUAUUGGAGGAUUCUAUUUUAAAAGACAGUUUACCAUCUGUCAGAGGUAAAGCCUCAGCCUGUCCCGCUCCUAUCACCAUGUAAAGAAAGUAGUCGGUGUGUUUACACUCAGGAAAUAUGUGUGUGAAUCAAAAAACCACCACCAAUAAAAAAAAAAACCCUAUGUAUCUUAA